AUGGCGUCAGUUCGUAAGGACAUUGUGGUAUCUAUCACUACCCCGAUGCCACACCGAUACAUCUAUGUCCCAAGAGGAAGUCCUUACAAAACUUUGAACUGUCGAAAGAAGGCGCGUGAAGAGGGCUACGAUGUUUAUGUCGUCAACGAUGCCAAGGGAAGACAGAUGGGGAUUCGUGUACCGAUCACCAUUUUCGAGCGAGUUCAAGAGAAGUUCGAGGAGACAGAAGUAUCACGAGCUAAGGCCAUGAAGAGGAGGGAUGAAAAGAUGAAUACCGAGUUCUCCAAUUCGGUUCUCGCACAGUUUCCCAAGAUUCCCACUGAGGAAGUGCCAAACAUCGUUGAACAAGCGAUGAAAAAGCAUAGCGGAAGAGUCGGCCGGACGGGAACGUUAGACAUCAGCGAGAAAGCGCAGCUGGGUGUCCGCGCUUAUAUUCGACAUAAGUACACUGAUUAUGACGAGCUGUUGAAGAACAACGUUUCUAGAGAAGAUGCACGAGCUCAGAUCUAUGAAAAAGUGGACAAGAUGGUUUUGGAAUGGGGAGGGUCGCUCAAAGAGGCAAGCAACAAGACGGCGGACUAUUCGACCGAUGACAUCGGGAAGAAGAUUGCCCGAAAAACUACUCUGAAGACCAAGUUCACUAUAAGGUCAAGGGCACGCGCUCGCACAGCUAAGAAGCGAUCCCAGAGAUCCUCGAGCGCACCACCAACAUUGUAAGGGCUGGUCUAGUACCAAGUCUAGGUUAUCAGCUGCUCGCCAUGUGAACCUUGAAGACUAAGAAUCCACCUAAGUAGCUGUACUUUGG